ACCAAUAUCCAUACAUAACCCUACAAACAACCACUUCUCCACACCUCCCCGUUUUCCACCAUGCCUUUCACCGCUAGCGAUAUCAUCAAGCUGAUCCUGGCCGUCUUCCUCCCUCCUCUGGGUGUCUUCCUCGAGCGCGGAUGCAAUGCCGACUUCUUGAUCAACAUCCUCUUGACCAUCCUUGGUUACAUUCCCGGCAUCAUCCACGCCAUCUACAUUAUAUUCAAAUUUUAGUGCCGGACAUUGCAAACACCAAAUGGACAAUGCGCGAGGCUUUGGCCGGCACCCCCGUUCCUCGAUGAGCGAUUGAUGGUUGAUUAGCAGCCACGAUGCUACUCCUCUCUCCACGAUACCCUGUUUCUGUAUUUCCUUUGUAUCCCGACCGUCUCUCGGGAAGGCCCGUCGAUCGCCGUCUUUCUUUUUCCCCGACCGCUCGAAUUGGCUUGGUUAUGUAGUCGCUAUACGACGAACGAACAUUCUCAACGACGACUACAAUGCACGACUUCUACUAGCGGUUUUGGGAAUUUGGGGGAUGUGUGAUCGAUUGGUUUCCCCACUUGAACAACAAGACUGCUGCCUCACGAGUGUGCAGAGAGGUUUCAACGGCUCUUUCUGCAUGCUCUCUGGGUGCGCCUUGGUUCACUACGACCGUUUAUUACUGUCUAAUAGUUGGUUUUUUUGUUAGCUUGGACUUUCUCCUUCU